CUUCCUGAGAGCGCGAUGUGUUUGUGUGAAACCCCGCCCACUUCAUUCAUGACAGUAGAUAAAGUGUGUCGCGGGUCACAGAGGCUCAAUAUGAACUAACAUUGAGACACACAGCAGAGCUUUAACGAUGCUGGCUGUCAUCCGGCUGAUCUUCAUCAUCAUCAUCAUCAUCAUGACGCGUGCAGAGAAGAUCUUCCACAACAGAGAUCAUUCUGAUGUUUACAUGAACAACAUUCAUCAGACUGAAGCCAUCACUGAUACAAACACUGCUCAGAGAUUUCUAUUAAAGUAUGGAUUCAUAAGAGCAGCAGACAGUGAUGAACUUCAGAGCUUAGCAGAAGACGUAAGCGAGACAGAGGACAGCCUCUCGCUGGACCUGGAGGAGGGUGGAGCUGCAUCCCGAUCCAUCAGCUCUGAACUCCCAAACCAGAGACCAGAGUUCAUCUCAGCACUCAGAGAGUUCCAGAGAGUGUCCGGUCUCCCUGUGACAGGGGUGGUUGAUGAUGCCACCAAAGCUGCCAUGAACGAACCCAGAUGUGGCGUCCCAGACCACGACGAAGAAGAGCCAGAGCAGAUCGAGUCCAACAGCAUCUCCAUAAACAACCCCACUGAUGUCAAUGAACUCAACAUCUCCGCACACAACCAAACUGAGGUCCAUCAGUUCAACAUCUCCACACACAACCACACUGAGAUCCAUCUGUUCAACAUCUCCACAUACAACCACACUGAGGUCCAUACGUUCAACAUCUCCACACACAACCACACUGAGGUCCAUCAGUUCAACAUCUCCAAACACAACCACACUGAGGUCUACCCGUUCAACAUCUCCACCUACAACCACACUGAGGUCCAUCCAUUCAACAUCUCCACACACAACCACACUGAGGUCCAUCCAUUCAACAUCUCCACACACAACCACACUGAGGUCCAUCCGUUCGACAUCUCCACAUACAACCACACUGAGGUCCAUCCGUUCAACAUCUCCACACACAACCACACUGAGGUCCAUCCGUUCAACCUCUCCACACACAACCACACUGAGAUCCAUCCGUUCGACAUCUCCACACACAACCACACUGAGGUCCAUCAGUUCAACAUCUCCAAACACAACCACACUGAGGUCCAUCUGUUCAACAUCUCCACAUACAACCACACUGAGAUCCAUCCGUUCGACAUCUCCACACACAACCACACUGAGGUCCAUCCGUUCGACAUCUCCACACACAACCACACUGAGGUCCAUCAGUUCAACAUCUCCACACACAACCACACUGAGGUCCAUCAGUUCAACAUCUCCAAACACAACCACACUGAGGUCCAUCAGUUCAACAUCUCCACAUACAACCACACUGAGAUCCAUCCGUUCGACAUCUCCACACACAACCACACUGAGGUCCAUCAGUUCAACAUCUCCACACACAACCACACUGAGGUCCAUCAGUUCAACAUCUCCACAAACAACCACACUGAGGUCCAUCCGUUCAACAUCUCCGCACACAACCACACUGAGGUCCAUCUGUUCAACAUCUCCACACACAACCACACUGAGAUCCAACUGUUCAACAUCUCCACACACAACCACACUGAGGUCCAUCCAUUCAACAUCUCCACACACAACCACACUGAGGUCCAUCCAUUCAACAUCUCCACACACAACCACACUGAGGUCCAUCCGUUCGACAUCUCCACAUACAACCACACUGAGGUCCAUCCGUUCAACAUCUCCACACACAACCACACUGAGAUCCAUCCGUUCGACAUCUCCACACACAACCACACUGAGGUCCAUCCGUUCAACAUCUCCACACACAACCACACUGAGGUCCAUCAGUUCAACAUCUCUACACACAACCAAACUGAAGUCCAUCAGUUCAACAUCUCCACAAACAACCACACUGAGGUCCAUCCGUUCAACAUCUCCGCACACAACCACACUGAGGUCCAUCCGUUCAACAUCUCCACACACAACCACACUGAGAUCCAACUGUUCAACAUCUCCACACACAACCACACUGAGGUCCAUGAGCUUAGUGCUGAUGUUGGGAAUAGCAGUGAUACGUUCAAUGACACUCAUCAUCAAAUGAAAUCUCCAGUGAGAAGAAAACGUCACCUGGCAGCACUGUUGAGGAAAAGACGAAAGAGAGACGUGAACAAUUGGGCGGGUCACAUGGCCUUCUCCCAGACUCUUUUGAGAUGGCGUCUGAUUGGAGAAGGUUACAGCAGUCAACUGCCCAUUGAUGAGCAGAAAUAUAUCUUCAGACUUGCCUUUCGUAUGUGGAGUGAAGUUUCGCCUCUGGAGUUUCUGGAGGAUUUACAUUCUCCUCUGGAAGACAUUGACAUCAGGCUGGGCUUUGGAACAGGCAGACAUCUGGGCUGUUCACAGAGAUUUGACGGCGCAGGCCGUGAGUUUGCUCACGCGUGGUUUCUGGGAGACAUUCAUUUUGAUGAUGAUGAACACUUCACCAUUCCAAACACAGGCAGUGGGAUCAGUCUGCUGAAGGUGGCAGUUCAUGAGAUUGGACAUGUUUUAGGACUCCCUCACAUCUACCGGACUGGAUCCAUUAUGCAGCCAAGUUAUCUGCCCCAGGAUGCGGGCUUUGAGAUCGACUGGAUGGACAGAAAGUCUAUUCAGAAUCUGUAUGGUGUGUGUAAGGGUCGAUUCAGUGCUGUGUUUGAUUGGAUCAGAAGAGAGCAGACGCCCUACGGUGAGGUCACGAUCCGUUUUAACACCUACUUCAUGCGGGAUGGCUGGUACUGGCUUUAUGAGAACCGCAAUAACAGAACUCGAUAUGGAGAUCCAGUAGCGGUGCAGGCCGGGUGGCACGGUCUGCCUGCCAGUGGAGUGGACGCUUAUGUUCAUGUGUGGAACCGCAAAAUGGACGCUGCUUACUUCUUUAAAGGUGUACAGUACUGGCGCUAUGACAGUGAAAAUGAUCAAGUCUUUGCUAAUGACUCAAACGGACGCUCGUACCCGCGUCUGAUCUCUGAGGAUUUUCCUGGUGUGAUCGGACCUGUGGACACGGCGUACUACGACAGAAGAGACGCUCAUAUCUACUUUUUUAAAGGCUCACAGGUGUAUAGGUUUGAUGUACGAAAGAACCGCUUGGCUUCAUCUUCCCCUCAAAAGAUCACUGAAGUAUUUCCAGCCGUUGUCUUUGGUAAUCACCCGGUCAGUAACCUGGACGCCUCUUAUUUUUCCUACACACACAACACCAUCUUUCUGCUGAAGGGAGCGUCAUACUGGCGUGUGGUGAACAGCAGGGAUCGCAGGCGGAAACCAUCACUACCUCUGAAUGCCGUUCUGCCACGGAGAGAUGUGGACCAGCAGUGGUUUGAUAUCUGUGACGUACACAGCAGCUCUCUGAGAACCUCACGCAGAUGACCCAAAACUGAUCUCUGGUCAGCAACAUCAGUAAAGGUUCAAUCCUGCUGUGGAUCUGACAGAAAAACUCAAUCAUGUUUGAACAAAUGCUUAUAUUCUGUUUACAUGAUCUUGGUUUUUCUUUUUCAGCGAUGUUGUGUUUUAAUCUCCGUGUUAGAUGUUGUCAUUAAUCGACAUGAACUGUAAUGUGUCGUCCUUCCUCACACGUGUGCGAUACACAAACUUGACAAAAACAUGUAUAUAUUUAUACUGUUGGCUUGAAUGUGAAUCCAUAUUUAUUAAGUUAUUUAUUAUUUGUUUUUAUAUGAACGAGCUGUACAGUAUUAAACUAUCAACAUUAUAAUAGCUUUAUGAAUGACUGAAUAUUGUUUUGUGUAAGACACUGCUGUGUCUGUUUGUCUGUCUGUGAGACAAUUAUUGAAACAUCAUCAUAUCAAUGUCUG